AGGCUUUUCUAAAAAUGUGCGUAAAAUACGAGAGUCUCAAAUUAUUUCGUUUCUACCGUUUAUCCAAAUUUUAAUAUGGCCUGUACCACAAAAUAUAUACCAAAAUUGAAUCCGGAAGAAGAAAAAACUAUAAAAGGAGCUCACCUAGUAGGUCCCAGUUUGGAAUCGAAGCUCGAUGAAUUGAAAUAUGAAAUAGUUCACAAAAUUAACAAGGAACUGACUGAUUCUAAGAACGCAAGGGACUAUAUUUCCCAAAAAUAUGAUGAGCUAUGCCGCAAGAUACAAUAUUUGACUGAACUGGAUACCACAGUGACAGGUUUCAGGAGUGAUGUGAAAGCAAUAGAGAAACAGAUCUGCGACCUUUCCAUGAGAGUAGAUGACAUAGAAAAAAGAACCAUAUGUAAAGAUUGUCCUUCUUUAACGUCUUCAAUGUUUUGAUAAAUUAAAUAAAUGUUUCCCU